CCAAAACUAGCUUGAGAAGAGCGUCUUAGACAAAUAAAGAGGAGUCGGCGUAUUGCGGUCAAGUGAAUUAUUCUAAUCUGGUAACCUCCUUUCUCCUCCGCCGCAAGCCUUUGCUGUCAAGUCAAGUUCCCGCGCCAGUUUCAACGUGUCUUUUCUAAACAUGGCGGUCGAGAUGGCGACGCUCGAGUCGUCGCCGGCUGUCGACGACAGUGACGACGAUGAGAUUGCUUGUACGACGCGAGCGCUGCUACAGGCGCUGCGCACCGUGGCCACCACGAGGCAAAUAACCACGGGGCACAACGGCAAGGCCGAUCUUCAAGCGCAGCUCGACGCCAUUGAUCCAGCCGCGACGCCACGACCCCAAACGACGUCGCCGGCUCGUCCAAACACAAGUCGUCCGUCUGGAACGCUGGUGGUCGAUGCACCGAGCGUGCCGUUGGUUGCCACCGCGCUACUGUCGCCCACGCCGUACCUCAAGGAGCGCAAGGAGUCGCUCUUUCACAUUCAGCUGCGCCAACUGGGGUCCCUGUCCAAACCGUUUCGACCCGACAAGUUGCUGACCACCGGGGGAGCGCGAGUACCGUCGUCACGGGCGCUGCUGUCGCGGGAGCUCACGUCUGCCCGCACGCAACGACAAAUCCACGAGCUCAAGGAAAAGUCGUCCCAGCACGACAUGGCGCAGGAGGUAUUGCACCAGUCGCUGCAAAAUCUCUCGUCGCGGACCAGCGACCAAGACAUGUCGCUCCAAAUUAUGCGCGGUCGAAGGGAGUCGGUGCACCGCCUUCGCUUCAGCGUCGCCAAGGUCGAGGAGCUCCAGCUGCCGUCGCGAACGUCGCUGCCACCACCGAGUGCGACACCCGACACGAAUGUGGUCGAAGAAGACACCCCGGGCACGUCACUCUACACGAUGGUCCGCGUCGCCCAGCAAGCGCGCCAGCUCCGCAAGCUCUCGAUCGCCGUCAAGCGCCGGACUGCAUCGGCAAACGCCGAGCGGGAUCUCGACAACCAAAAAGCAUCGGCGGACGUUGUGCCAAAGGCCAUUUUACAGACGUACGCCCAAGUGGCGGCGUCGUUGCACCCCGGGGCGCCCACGAUGGUACUGAAGAAGAUCUCGGGCCAAGCCGUGCUCUCGAAAGAUGAAUUUGCCAAGAUGCUGUGCUUGACGCUGGGCUUUGACAGCCAAGAGUGGGCCGCCAAGUGCUACCCCGCGGCGUGUCAGCACCACGGCAAGAGCCAAGAACGGUCCGUGACGCUAAGCGACUUUGCACAGCUCUGCCACCUGCUCGUGCACGGCACGGACCUUGAAAAAAUGAAGUGGGUCUUCUCCAUUUACGACCGCGACGGCGGUGGGUCCAUCGAAGUGGACGAAGUGUUUCAGACGCUACAGUCGGACAAAGAAGACCUCUGGGACCAAAUUCUAUUUAGCCAACAGCUGCUUGGGGUCGUCGACCGCAACCACGACGGGCACAUGGAAUUCCAGGAAUUUUGCAUUGCGUGCAGUCGAAUACCAAUGUUCUUUCACUGUUUUGCCGGCGCCCUUCCCCUUCGCCUCGCCGUACACCCAAAGAACGUCAAGCUCAAACUCGGGCUUCGUACGCUGCGCAAGUUGUGGAGCUCGGGCUUGCAAGCGAGUGCGCCGCGUUCGGAUGCGAAAGCGCCCAACUCGAUUGAUGUCUACGGCUUUACCGCGAUCAUUUCGUAUUUCUUUCGCCUCGCACGCUCCCACCCCGUGGACCACGCACUUGCGAUGCGUCUCUUUCUAGCAUUCGACGCCAACAAGGACCAAUUUGUGGAUUUUGACGAAUUCAUUCAAGGACUCUCGACGCUCAUGCAAGGCACGCCCGAUGCACGGGCACGCAUGGUGCACUGGGUGCUGGAUCUGGAUGGCGGUGGCACGGUUACCAAGCAAGAAAUUCACAAGACACUAGUCUCACGAAAACGCGGGCUGCAGCUGCACGAGGUCAAGGGGCUCGAACUCGAAAACAACGUCAAUGAGAUCAUGCGCGCCCUUGAUGAGAACGGCGAUGGCGACAUUACUGUCGAAGAGUUUCAACGCGCCGUCAACAAGACACCGCGCAUACUCGAAGCGCUUCAGGACAUUCUCUUUAGCGGCUGUCGUCUCGACGCGGAAUUUCAGGCCGCGGAAUGGAAAGCCCACUGCGAAGCGUCGCUGAUUCCACCGCUUGUGGCUGCGCACCCGACGCGCGUGCUGCGGGAAUUUCAAAAAGUGUUUAAAAACGCUGUCCACAAGGUCGUGAGCGUCAAUGCUUGGCGCCGGCCGCGGAAGCAAACCGUUCUGCGCCCCACUGCGCCCAGCGGCCCAAGUCUCCACGCCCCCGAAAGUUCCGCCAAACGCUCCAGUCGGAUAGCACCCCGAUAAGAGACCUCGAGCUCUCCACUACUCUUGUUGACGUAGCAGCAAUGUGGUCGAAUUCGUCGCAUUUUGAUUGGAAAUUAACGCUCACGUUGAACUUCCUUGCUUCUC